AUGAGAUCUUUAGACAUCUUCAAUUUCGCCCGUGGUGAGUACUCUAAAGGUAUUUCUCGCCGCCGUAAAUGUUCCCAUUGGAUUCUUCAAUUUGUACCUGUUGUAGCUCUAAUACAACUUAUCUAUCAUACGUUUCCACCUUUUGGUCUUUUCUUUAUACCACCUAUUCUAGCUUUAGCUUACUUAGCUUAUGUUACCUUUCGACGUAUUCUUAAUAUCUUACAUGAAUAUGAUACAGGAUCUACUUGUCAAACAGCUGUUUAUUGUGCACUUACUAAAUACUUCCUUCUUUCUUUACUAACUCUAACGGUCUUCUCACCCUUUUCUCUUUGUUUCAUACUUAAUCUGAUCAUUCCUGAUAAGUAUUACAGUCAAACUACUGUUCUUCUUCUACUAACUUUUACUGCCUAUAUAGUUACUAACCAAACUCUUCCUUUCCUACAAGUCUAUCCUCUUUUACUUGUCUUACUCAGUAGUAUCCAUCUCCUCAUUCUAAACACCCGCCAUAACUCUCCCACCACUAACAAACCCUCUAUCAUUCUCCGACUAAUCAAAGACCUUAACUUUAUUACUGCCGCCAUCAAUAUUCUUCUCUGGACCUACAUCAUCUAUACUACUAUUCAACCAACUACCCAUUCAACUUUCCCCAUCUACCCCAACCCAAUCCCAACUCAACCCAAUCCAACUCCCUUCAUCUAA